AUGGAUACAAUGACGAUCACUAGCCUCACAAUUAUCAAUCAAGCUUCCGACGUUCCGGAGGGCUUCCCAGCCACAAAUUUAAUCGAGGUUCUCCUUAGGCAUUAUAUUCCCACUGCCAUCAGCAAGUUUGUACGCGAUGUGCACUCGUCAAACCAAGUAUACUUUCGGGCAUCAAAAAUAUACAACGCCAUUUUGAGUUCCAUAACGCAUAUUCAAAGUGCAAACACUGCGGAAUGGGCGGUAUUCGAUCACUACACGCUUGCUAUACCGGUUCUAGAGAGGAUUUUAUUGAAUUUCUACGUCAACCACCCAGAAGACAUUAAACGUGAUCAUCUUCCACCGACAGAUGGCAUCGAGUCGGCCAUCAUGUUUAUAGAAAUAAUGGAAAAUGAUAGGGUAAUGCUCCGUAAUGCCCUAAAGGAUCUCGCCGACGAGCAUUUCACAAUCCUAUCUGGCGGCUUGCAGCCCUAUCUUGUGGCAGAUGCUAGUACGUCUCGCAGGACGGACGAUAUUGACACGAUUAAAGCCUUGAAUGCAUAUAUCUCUUCCAAUAAAUUAAUGGAUGUUGAUAUUGAUCAACCGCUUAAUGGAAAGCUGUUGACCAGUGUACGCAUGGCCAUUGGGGAACUGGCUGAAAAACUAAUCAAUCAUUUGUUUCCAGAGAAUCUUGCUGCCCUUGGAAUCAAGACAAUUAUGCUUGCAUAUGUUCCUUUUUCUCUGAUUACGGCAGGUACAAUAUCGACAGAAUGGCGUGACUAUUUUAAAAGCCACGCAGUGUGGCGGGCAGUAGAAAGUUUGACGACCAAUGUUCUUUCACAAUUUAUAUCUGGUGAAACUUUAGGAAACCUAGCGCCACUUGAAGAAGAAUGGAGGACCGUCAGGGGACUAUUACUCAAAUUACAGCAUACUGAUGUCAGUACAUCAGAAGAAAUUCUUCACCUCGUCAAGUUGGCAGCAAACAUUAGGCGGCCUUUUCACGGUCGGGUUGUCGAGAUUGUAAAGAUGCUUUACGAUAUUCACAUUUACUCCCAUGCCAAUCAAAUCUCGGUUGGCCAGAGCACUCACAAGCUCAGGGAGAUCAAGCAGGUAAUGAGAAUCGCAAUUGAGGGGUUCGAGAGCCUAAAAGUAGAAGUAACGGACGUCAGAGAGAUUGCGCUAACUGACAACCCUUACCAAAAACGGAGCUCAAUGGUCAAGGAACUUUUGACUACCAUUGAAGGACUCUUCUCGGAACUACCGGAGAAAAGGGAAUAUUGGGUCAGGAAGUACAACAACGCAGCGGAGAUUGAUGAGAUUCAUCUCGAGUGGAUGAGAAAAAGGCUCGGACUCACGCAUCAAGGCAACGACGUAUCCGAGGGCAUGAGGAGAACAGGGUACUCGGACGAGGACAAAUACAGCGAUGACGACGACGAUAGUGAUAGCGACGACGACAGAGAAGAUUUUCUACCGGAUACAUUUUACAGUGAUGGGAAAGUUCUACAAACUGUCACCUUCGAGGAACAACCAAUAUCAAAGAGACAGUGUUGUCUGGCAGCUACCGUCCCAGUAGGUGUUGGCCUCGCUCUCCCUCCAUCAAUAGCCCUUCAAGAGACAUCACCCUCGGCGCGAGUGGUCCGGCAUUGGCAUUCGUGGGAACUUGGACUUGGUCUAAUUUGA